GGAAAUGUUUUUAAAACUGUCCCAUCAGAGUCUCCGUAGAGCAAAAAACCUGCAACUCUGUUUUGAGACAGUUAUUAAGCUAGCUUCUCCCACACCGCAGCCCAGUCACGCUGCCAUUAAAAGGGAAAACGGACUUUUACCGGGGUCAAAUUCGUGCACGAGCUCCUGUGAUGGUUUCGACUCCAAGAUGACCUGCAGCCCGAGAGUCUGACCGACAGAGAACCUUCCACUCAGCAGGUCAAAUUUGAGGUUGCACACGGGGUUACCAAUGCUUUCUGAUGAGCUGGACUCCAAACCAGAGCUGCUGGUGCAGUUUGUGCAGAACGCGUCCAUCCCGCUGGUGCAGAGUCUGGAGGACUGCGAGUCCAAGCACUGCCUGCCUCUGCUGGCCCCAGCUGAGAGCUCACUGUGCAGCCCGCUGGAGCUCACAGAUGGAGGCCUGAGCCACAUGCCAGAGGGUUCUCCUUCCUUGUCAGAGUUCGGAGGUGUGUCAGAGCGGAGUCCCUUAGUGGUCCAGGCGCACUCUCACCCACAGGCCUCACCCAGCCCCCCACCCAUCCUCCAUGACUUACAACAGUCCGACAGCACUUCCUACGUCCUACUGAACCUCGCAAAAGGCAUCACAGCCUCCUCAGAGUCCCUGAUCUUCGCCGCCGAUGGCACCGUGGAGGAUGACGACGAAGGGGUCUCAUCCGGGGACUAUGGGAUUGAUGGCAGUGCUCCCUGGUAUCUGCGGGUACAGGAGCUGGCACACGACAGCCUGAUUGCUGCCACGCGGGCACAGCUCGCGAGAGACGCAAAGGCCAGCCAGGACGCCAGAGCUGCAAGUGUCGGUAACGGUGACCACUCGCACAGUUUGACAGCAGACGGGGACAAGCGAGAGCUCCCGCCUCGGACCAGCCGCCCUCUCUCCAAGCAGAUCCUCCGCUGCUCGUUUGAGGGUUGCUGCAGGACGUUCACCUGGCCGGCUCAUCUCAAAUAUCACCUCAAAACACACAGGAAUGACCGAAUGUUCAGGUGCGGCGCAGAGGGCUGCGGGAAGAGCUUCUACGUGCUGCAGAGGCUGCAGGUUCACAUGAGGACUCACAACGGCGAGAAGCCCUUCAUCUGCAAGGAGAAGAAUUGUGGCAAGAAGUUUACCACGGCUGGAAACUUGAAGAACCACAAACGUAUACACACAGGAGAGAAGCCUUUUCUUUGUGAAGCAGAUGGCUGUGGGCGAUCCUUUGCAGAGUAUUCCAGUUUACGGAAACACAUGCUCGUGCAUUCUGGUGAGAAGCCUCAUCACUGUGGGAUCUGUGGGAAGACUUUCUCUCAGUCCGGCAGCAGAAACGUCCACAUGAGGAAGAGACAUGGAGAGGAGGUGCUCAGCAGCGAAAGCAGAGAAACAGGAGAGGCGCUGACACAAAGCAGCCUGCUGGAGGCAGAUGGUGAGAAUGGAGACACUAUGGUCACCAUGACAACAACCGUGGAACCCAUGAAUCUUCAUCAUGCUAUGCUGAGAUCACCAGGCUCUGCAGACUCAGUCGUGCUUCUUUCUCAGCCACAUGAGCACCUGGUGACCAUGACGACCGAAGGCCAUGCAUAUGGAGAAGAUGUGGUGACACUGCUGUGACAAAUGUCGCACACUGCUGCACUCGGUCACAGUGGACUAAACAUCAGCAUCUAAUGUGUAAAUAGACUCAUUAGUGACUUUAACCCCUGUAGAUACUUGUAAUUAGCAACCAACGAUGGUUUUAUUUUGAAAAGUGUGAAAGGGCCGAGUUUGUACUAACAACCUUUUUGUCCUCAAAUAUUUUGAAAAGAAAUGCUCCCAAAGAAAUACUGAGACGGGUUUUAAAAGUUUAUGAUAAUAUAAUGACCAUGCAUUGUUCUGUGCAUAUUGCAUAAUCAUUGUAAACAGAGGUUGAAAUGCAGUGAUGGUCUCAAAUGAACAGUCAGUGCCACUUAUUUAAAUGUACUAGACAUAUGUAAAUCCCAUUAUCCGUAUAAGUAAUAAUUAAGAAACUACUAAAGCACAGUAUUUCAUAUUGCUGCAUGUAAACACUGGUCUUGCGCGGCACAAACUGGCCAAGUCACCCUAAUAUCUCUAAACAAUAUCUAAACAAACUGUGUCCAGUAAUGUUUAAAGCUGCAUUCACUGCACUGUGUUAUUGUUAACAUUUGUCACUCAAACAUCAACCUCCAGUGCUCCACUUAACUUUCAUCACCCAUUUACAGAUCAAUAUACAUUAACACCAGACUACUCCGGCCCAUAUGAAACAAACAGCAGGUGUAGAUGAGGUAGUCCCCGUUACUUAUCGCGUCUGCUAUUGAGCCGUCACCUAAAUCAGCAGUGUGUGUGUGUCUCUCAGUGGAUCCUCAGGUUGUGGAAGUGGUCCAGUAUGGCACCCAGAGCCCAGCUCGCCUCCACAUUGUUCACUUUCUUGGUCAACUAGGAGAGGGACAGGAAUCCAACACCAAAAUCACUCAAAUGCCUUUUGUAUUUAUUGAAAUAAAAAAAAAAGGUAACAAA